UUUAAUAUCGCUUGCCAAACCGGAAAAGGUGGAAUUUCGAAUUUAAAAAUCAGAUAAUUUGUUUGCCCUGAUUUCAAAUCCAACGGCUCUAAUUUCCAUUUUCUAGCAGUAGUAAACGUGUUCUGUAACCCGGCAAAUCUUCAAUCUUCGUAGUCAUGAGAGGGGAUCGAUCAAACGCCCUGCUGUGGGAUCUAGCAUUACCGUCCAAUCAUGUAAUGAAAACCGAUUUGGCGGUUGUCAUGAGGGACAAAUUUCCCAAGUUUCAGUUCCACUAUUUGGUGCUACCCUGGGAGGAUAUCGAUAAUCAGUAUCAGCUGCAACCGCGCCACAUUCCGCUGUUGGAAGAAAUGCGCCGGCUAGCAUUGGCUACGGUUAAGCGUGUUGCCUCCAAGCAAUGUCCGGAAGACCGUUUUAUGAUGGGCUUCCACAUGAAGCCUACCAAGCGUCGGCUGCAUCUGCAUUGCUUCUCGCAGGAUUACGUUUCCGGUUUGAUGAAAUCAGCCGACCACUGGAACGGAUUCAUGACUGGCUAUUUGAUGUCGGUGGAUGAUAUUAUCCGAGAGCUGCAAGAAACUGGUUGCGUUCGUCGACGAUCGGAAUCGGUCAUUGCUGAACACGUACGAACUCCACUCAAAUGCAAUCAAUGCAACUUCCAGCCAGCUUAUAUGAGCUUGCUGAAGCAACACCUUCAAACAGAACACCAGCGAUACUCAAAAUAGCUUGGAUGUUCCAUUUAUGAUUUAAUGGUUUGUCCAUUAUUUUUCUUUUAAAAAUUCAUCAGUUUAGUAUAGAUUUAUUUAGAACUGCAAUUAACCCUUUAGAUUUGAGGAAGUUUGAAGAAUUUUUAGAAUAAGUUCUAAUUCAGUUGAGCUCAGCUCAUUCUAUGGAAUAGUUUUUUUUUUGUAAACUAAAUUGAGGUUUGCAAUCUGAUUUUCUUUUAUCUAGCUAAGUUUUCUUUCUGUAAAUGAUGCAACCGUGAAUAAAGCUGCGAA